AUGGCGAGCGACACAGAACUAUCAUCCAUCGUGGAGACCAAGACACUACCACUGACAGCCAACGUGGCGAGGAUCCUACUCCUCCUCCGAAGUCUUCAACGAGGCCGACACAACUUGGAUGAUCCUUGGAUCGUACUGCCACUUCAACUUCACGAGUACGACGAUCUGCUUAUCCUCCGCGACGAGCAAGGAACCCCCAACCCCGCCAAAGGCAGCGGUCUGCGCCUCAUGCUCCGCGACUUCGCCCCGAGGGGCCUCCUCGAAUCGGUGGACCCCGACGCCUCACUCCUCAUCAACUCGGCGAAACUCUGUAAAUUCCUCGGCGAGGUGGAGGAUUCCGAGAGAAUAAGAGCUCAGGGACCGAUGUUUACACCUCGAGAGAUGAAUCUUAUUAUGGAGGAGAGGUGCGAGAGAACGCCCGAGCCGGUGUACGAGGAGGAUGGGUUUGUGUUUGGAGAGGAGGAAUUGAGUGUUCAUGCGCGCUUCUUGGACACACCGGUUGAUACUGGGAAGGUGGUUGAGGGGUAUAAAUGA